AACUCUGCAAUGGCAGGCAGCUCGAAAGCAAAGGCGAUGUUUUGUAACAUAAUGUUUUGAAGAUAGCUAGGCUUCUUUCUGAACUUUCCCAAAUUGAUUGUUACUUUCUACAGUUAUCUGCUGUUAAAAUGUUUUUAAAAUAAUUUAGUAUUUGAUAGCAAGUAAGACAAUAUGAUGUCGUUUUCUAGAUAUUCAACACAGAAUGCUACGUUUCCGUCGCUUUCCUAUUUCUAUUUUGAUUACUCCUGUAGACGUAUUGCUGCAGGCUUUAAAGCUAACUGUGUGUAUAUGUUUGCUGUGUAGUAUCUGUAUGUCGAAGAGAUAUUGUUAUUAUACCAUUGUUAUUAUACCAGUCUGGCAUACACGGAGUUUCGUGAUUAUUUGCUUAUUUCGGUAUUUUAUGUUUUAGGCGUAGUUGGGGCAUGGACGCUCUUGACCACAUGCUGACUGACCCCCUGGACCCCGGGUUGGGUAGCGGCGGCCGGAUCAUGGAGGAGUGUCUACUGGGGAACAGCCGAGUCAGUCUGCCGGAGGAUCUUCUGGAAGAUCCUGAGAUUUUCUUCUCUGUCCUGAGUGAGAGCACAUGGUCUAAUGUGCUGACGGAUCCCCAACGGCAGCGUCUUCGUCAGUUUCUUCCUCAAUUCCCUGAUAACUGUGCCACCCAGCAGGACAGUGUCAUCAGUGACCUUUUUAAUAAUAAGAACUUCCGCUUUGGAAACCCAUUGCACUUAGCACAGAAACUCUUCAGAGAUGGUUAUUUUAAUCCAGAGGUGGUAAGAUACCGGCAGCUCUGUGCCAAGUCCCAAAAGAAGAGGCACCUCUACUCUCUGCAGCAGUAUUACCACAGGUUACUGAAACAGAUCCUCAUCUCCCGGAAGGAGCUGUUGGAGCAGGCUAGUCGUAGCGGCCCUGAUCUUGCGAUGAAGCGGAGGUAUCCCUCCCCGUCUCGUGGCGAAGCCCAGGAGCUGCGGGCCAGGCGGCGGUUUUACCGAAUACUGAGGGAGGUGAAGAGCGAGUGUGGCGACGGUACCUUGUCUUCCGAUGAUGAUGAUAUGGGCUCAUGGUCACCAGCUCCCCAAUCUCCCUCAUCCCCAACUCCCACAGUUUCCCUUAGAGUUCUUCCAACCCUCUCAACCCAAGACAUGAAGACCACAGAGAAGCUAGAGCUGAGGGAGAAGGACCUCAGGGCGCUGCUGAGGAGGCACAGAGAGAAACGAAGACGGCAGCCGGAUCACCCCGACCUAAUGACCGCGGACCUUCAUCUCGGUGACAUCAUGUCCAGGGUGAACAUAGGCAGGAAAGGCUCCAUAGCGGCGUUGUUUGAUCUAGCUGUGCCCAAAAAGAAAAUAAGGGAGGAGAAGAGAAAGAAGAAGAUCCGGACUAUUAAAAUGGAACCAGAGGAGCCAUGUGAUGUGCUGAUGCCUUCUGAGGUCCCCCCCCCAAGUCACACCGCUGCUGCUGCCAUUCCAGAGGCCCCUCUCCACCCCCCCGGGGUCAAAGAAGAACCAUUGGAAGAUGCGCAGGAUAGCCCUGCUGUGGUGGAGGAGAUCGCCGUCAGCUUUUUCAACCUGCUGGAGGAGAUCCUGAAGAUAGAGAGCCUGGCUACCACCAGCAUGCUGGAAGAGAAAGUACAGCAAUGGCAAGCUUUGCCAGCCAGCACGCUCAACCCUUGGUUCUCAACUGCCCCCUGCUGGUCGGAGUUGGUUCUGCCCGCCCUUCAGUUUCUGGCAGGAGAAAGCAGAGCAGGUGUGAUGGCCCUCCCCAGUGGCUUCUCCCCCCUUGUGGAGUUCAGGGAGCGAACGCAGCAGUGGAGGUGGAUCAGCCCCACCUCAGACAGCGAGAAGGACUCGAGUGGCCUUUGCCAGCUCUGGCUUGAAAACAAGGACCAGGUGGUUGUCAAGCAGGAGAGUGAGGAGCCCACUGAGCUGACCCCCCCCACACCCAGAGUUUGGACGGACUACGUAGUGAGGCCAAGCACUGGGGAGGAGAGACACGUCUUCCAGGAGCAGGAGCAGCAGCGCUAUGACCAGCCGCACAAGGCAUUCACAUUCCGCAUGCAUGGCUUUGAGUCGGUGGUGGGGCCCGUCAAGGGGGUCUUCGACAAGGAGACAUCUCUCAAUAAGGCCCGCGAGCACUCCUUGUUGCGCUCAGACCGCCCAGCCUACGUGACCAUCCUCUCACUUGUGCGUGACGCAGCCGCCAGGCUUCCCAACGGCGAGGGCACCCGGGCCGAAAUCUGCGAGCUGCUGAAAGAUUCCCAGUUCCUCGCCCCUGAUGUCACCAGCGCUCAGGUCAACACAGUUGUGAGCGGCGCCCUUGACCGGCUGCACUACGAGAAGGAUCCCUGCGUCAAGUACGACAUCGGCCGCAAGCUCUGGAUCUACCUGCACCGCAACCGCAGCCAGGAGGAAUUUGAGCGGAUCCACCAAGCGCAGGCCGCAGCCGCCAGAGCCAAGAAGGCCCUGCAGCAGAAGCCCAAACCUCCACCCAAGCCCAAGUCCAGUAAUAAGGAGGGGGGUGGCAAGGUGCCUGGGGCCAGCGAGCCAGGCCAGGUGGUUCUGCCUGAUGGGGGGACCGUGCCUUCAGUCAGUCUCCCUCCCACCCCUACAACACCAACACCCAGCACCCCAGGCACCCCCAAAUCGCCCCUGGCCCCUACGGCUGGCACGUCCACCAAAACGGGAGUCCCCGACGCGGUCAGGCAAAGCCCUAGUGUCCUCCUGGUGUCCCCGCCAUCCAUCCCGCAGCUGAGCACUCUCCUCUCCGCUGGCCAGUCAGCACAGCAGGCACCUCAGGCCGCUGGGCCGCAGCCGGCAGCUCGAGUGGUGGCCCACCCGGGGCCGGGCUCCCUCUCGCAGGUGCGGGUGGUCACCGCGCAGCCCAGCCUCAGCGCCUCUGCUGGGAGCCCUCAGGCCACGCUGGUGCACCCCGGGCAGCACCAGAUCCGCGUGCCGGUCACCAUGACGCACACAAAAGGGUUGGCGCAGGCUGUGGUGACCCUGCCCCUCCGAACGCCCUCUAGUGGCAGCCCAGUGCAGGUGCAGGCAGCCCGUGCCCAGGCGGGGCUCACUGUCACGGGCCUGGCCUCCGCCAUCGCCGUGAGCAAACCCCAGAACAGUGCCCCUGGCAGUCCGGCCCACAGCACCACCUCGCCCGCCACCGUCCUUCAAGGCGUCAACAGCCAGAACAUCAUCAAGCAGGUGGCCAUCACCAGCCAGCUGGGUGUGAAGUCUCAGGGCGCCGGGGGGAUCCCCCUGGCGGCCACCAACCUGCGCAUCCAAGGCAAAGACGUGCUGCGGCUGCCACCCUCGUCCAUCACCACCGACGCCAAGGGCCAGACGGUGCUGCGCAUCACGCCGGACAUGAUGGCUACCCUCACCAAGUCACCCGUCACCACCGUCAAGCUCACCCCCGACAUGCUGAGCGCCGCCGCGGGGGGGGGCAAGGGCAUCUCCCUGCACGUGGCCCCCUCGCACCCGUCGCCGCCGUCCUCCACCCCAGCAGCCUCCUCUAAUGACCUACAGGCCAUGAAAGGGGGUCCCUCCCUGGUCAAGGUGCACUCCGAGCUGAAGACGGGCGGGGACACGGCCAUCCGUUUGAUGCCGGCCCUCGCCGUCACGGUGGCUGACCAGAAGGGGCGGGGCUUCUCCACCGUCUCCUCCGACUCCAAGCCGGCCACGACCAUCCGCAUCAUGCCCGGCCUGGGCGUCAUCCCGCAGAAGCAAGGCCAGGCCAUCACCGUGACGACAACCACGACCAAGCCGCCCGUGGCCACCUCUGGGGCUGCCACCGUCACCAUAGCGACCAGCGGGGUGGCCGGAGCCAAGGGUCUCACUAUGGGUCCGGCUGCGGCGGGGUCGCCCAUCUCCAUUGGCCCUGGCACUGCUACUGUUCGACAGGUGCCUGUAAGUGGCACUGUGGUGUCCACUCAGGCGUGCCCAAACCUCUCCUUGGGGGCGCCUCAUCUGUUCCAGGGGAAGCUGCCUGCACGAAUUACGGUCCCCCUGUCUGUCUUGAGCCAGCCACUGAAGAGCAAGAGUGUGGUCACCACCCCCAUCAUAAAAGGCAACAUCAGCACCAACAUCAGCAGUCUGGGCAGGAAUAUAAUCCUGACCACCAUGCCGGCGGGCGCCAAGCUCAUAGCAGGGAACAAGCCCGUCAGCUUUGUGACUGCGCAGCAAUUGCAGCAGCUGCAGCAGCAGGGGCAGGCCACGCAGGUGCGCAUUCAGACCGUUCCUGCACAGCAGCUGCAGCAAGGUGCGGCAGGCAGCUCCUCAAAGCCCCUGUCCACCGUCGUCGUCACCACUGCGCCGUCCCCAAAAAGGACGCCCGACCCCCAGUGAAAUGCCGAGACGCAACACACUUGGCCACUAGAGGGCGACGGCACAUGCCAGAUCAUGGCAUGCGCAAGAGGACAGCUGCCAGGCCGGGAUGAUCUGGGUCCGCAGACCCGCAGCUGCGAAUCCCGCUCCAGCUGCGAAUCCCGCUCCGGCUGCCCGCUCAGUGUUUAGCUCGCCUCACUGGAGAGGACCUUCAGCUCAACACCUGCUUUACGAUAAAACGGAUACAAAAUGCAUCUUCCAUACUGGAGCAAAGGACUUUUUUUACUGAUUGGUUAUGUUUCUGUACUGUAUAGCAGUCUUUUGUUUGUUUUUGUUUGCUUUUCUUGUUAAAAAAGAAAAAUUAUUUGGGCAGACAUCAGACAUGAAAAUACUUAUUAUGGUGUCAUCUCCUAGAGAGAAAGACCUCACCUCCUCUGUAGAAUUGAUAAAUGCUUUUCCUCUUUAACUGGGUUCCUGUGAAUGAUGGAAAGGAUAGUGUCCCAUUUCAGUAAAGAGAAAGCAGAGGAUCCUUACCAACAAUCGAACUUUUGGAUAAAGAUAUAAGCUCUAAUUGAGAUAAAAUUUUGUCAGGAAUAAAUAACUGACAAAUGAUAUAAUGAAAGCUUCACAAACCAAAAGAAUUGAGGUUUUAAGCUAUAAUAUAUUGUCAACUGUGGGUAUGUUGUACUGAAGCAGUCACUAUUUGACUCUGUAUAGCUGUGUAAUAAUUCCUCCCCCCCUGGCAUUUUUUUGCACCUUUUAAAUAAAUAUGAAAGGACAGAU